UUUACAGGCAUAUGUUAUCAACAGUUAUUUAGUACUAAAUUACUUUUUAAAUCCUAGGAUAUGCAUCUAAAUUUGUGAAGCAUUGGUGCCGCUUCGGAUAACCAGUAGUAGAUUUGACGCAAAAUGUUUGUUUACAAAAUUUUAAGUUGACUCGGUGUCUAAAUCGUUGUUUUGUUGUUUAUGUAUGUAAUUGUGCUCUUUAAUGUUUAUUAAAUCUUUAGUGUUAAUGUGUUUGGUUUAAGCUAUGUUAUGGAGACUUAUAGAAUUAAGAAUCUAUUUGAAUAUAUAAAAACCAUUCACUUAUCUGACAACUUUGAUGAUUGCAUCAUUGAUUGUAAUGGAAAAUUACGUCCCAUUCUUAGGAAGUACCAAAAACUUGCAGUUAAAUGGAUGCUGAAAAGAGAAAAAUGUAAAAUUGAUGGAAUCAAAUGUAAUGAAUAUGAUGUUCAUUUACCCAGUGGGGGUAUUCUUGCUGAUGAGAUGGGACUUGGUAAAACUGUAGAAGUACUGGCUUGUAUUCUUAGUAAUCCCUACUCAACAGUAGAAAUGGAAGAUCCUGGUAUUACUAAGAAAAAGAUUGUCUGUAAAAGGAAGCAUGAGUUGAUAGAAGAUAACAUUACAGAUGAUGAAGUUGAAAGUAAUAAUACCCGGAAUUCCAAAAAAAAGAUAAGAGGUCGCUCAAAAGAAAAGGCUUCAGUGAAAGAGAAAUCUGGAUUGUUUAGUAGUAAAUACAAUGCUUUAAGAACAUACUACGAAACUGUUCUUUCGCAAAUGAGUUUUACUAGCAAUAAACAACAAUCAGCGGCUACCAGUUUAGUCAAGUGUUUCUGUGAUAAUAAUGAUUCUGAUGAAUUAAACCUUGUUCAAUGUGAGGAUUGUAAUAAAUGGCAACAUGCAGAAUGUGUUGGUAUUGUAAGCAAAGUGAUUUAUGGAAACGUUAAGUGUCCCCAAUGUUGGACCAAGGCUCCAUUAGUUCCUUCCAAAACAACAUUAAUUAUUACCCCUUCAUCAAUUUUAGACCAAUGGAUAAAUGAGAUAGAGAAACAUGUUGAUGAUCCAAGUUUUAAGUUAUGGGUUUACAAUGGAGUUAAAAAUCAUAACUAUGUUCAACCUACUAUAUUAUCUGAAUAUGAUGUAAUAUUGACCACCUACAAUGUUCUUUGCUCAGAUUUAAAUUUUCUACCAAAUGAAAGUGAACGAAAAUUAAGGCAUGCUAAAAGAUAUUUUGCACCUUCAUCACCUUUAACUUGUAUUAAAUUUUGGCGUAUUUGUCUUGAUGAAGCACAAAUGGUGGAGGGUUAUACCUCAAAAACAGCCCUCAUGGCUUCACAACUAAAUGCCAUACAUCGCUGGGCCGUAACUGGAACACCCAUCCAGAAAUCCAUUCAUGAUUUAUACGGUCUGGUUCAUUUUCUUCGAGUGAGCCCAUUUGAAAAUCUAUCCCCAUGGCAAGACUUGAACAAUUCUGAUGAUGAACUUUUUCAAUUUCUCUCACAAAUUAUGUGGAGAAGUUCAAAAAAUGAUGUACUAGCAGACCUUGGUGUUCCUCCACAAACUGUAAUUACUCAUUGGCUGCACUUUUCACCAGUUGAAGGUUAUUUUUAUCGCACAAUACAUACAGAAUGUGCAACUUCUUUCAGAAAUAAACUAUGCAAGUUUGAGGAUUUAAAUGUUAAAUUGAAUUCAAUUGAUAGAACACAACUUCAAACUUUACUGCUUCCAUUGCUGGGUGUUCGUCAAGCCUGCACUCAUCCACAGGUCGUUCGUGGCAAAUUUGUAAGAUUUAAACAUACAAUGACAAUGGAAGAAUUGAUGGUACAUAUGGUUUCUAAAGCUCGUCUCGAUGCUGAUGUUGCACUUCGUCAAUUUGUUUCUGCAUUACAUGGUAUCGCUGCUAUUAAUAUCAUUGAAUGCGAUUGGUCAGGAGCAGUAGAGAAUUAUCGCCGUGUUUUGCAGUUGAGUUCUGAAUACAAACACAUUAUAAAAGUAGAUUCAUUACAGAUGAUUCAUUGUUUAUGUAAUUUGACUGAAGUAUUAGAGAAUCAUGGGAUAGGUAUUCCACCAACACUUCGUGACAGUAAACUUAGAGAAGAAGCUGAGGAGCUCGAAAAGAAUUAUCUUGAAAAUUAUGAGAAAAAGUUUACAGCAACAUUAGAAUCUCUCAAUAAAUUGAGUGCAACUAUUGCUCAUUUAUGUCGUGGGCAAACGCUUAGUCUUACAUCUUGGUGGGAAGAAGUUAUAAAUAAUGAAUCAAAUGAUGAAGACCUCCUUAAUAAAAUCAAAACAUAUUUAGACGAUAACGAUGUCCCUGGACAGCAAUCAAUUACUUCAAAGUUGACAGGUUUACACACAGUGCACAGAGAAUUUGCAGUAUGGAUAGCCACAGCAGAUGAAUUGAGGAUUGAAACGUUAGAUUCACUUCGCCAUCUUCAAAUACUUCCAAAAUCACUAUUAUUUGAUCAGGCUACUAUUUGUCAUUUGAAUCAGAAAAGAAGAAAGAAAGGAAUGCAGCGUUGUCCUAUUUGCCAAACUGAACUAUUAUUGAAAAAGUACGAAGCCCACAUAUUCUCUGUAAAUAAGAACAAUAUAAAUUUAGAAGAAGACAGCGAAGAGUCAGCAAAUGAAGAUGAAGGUGAAGGAAAGAAGCUAAAAGAAACAAAAUUAUUUAAAUCAUCCAAAGAGGGUAGCUGGAAACCUACUUCACACGAAAGAAUGCUUCAUGUGAUUGCUAAUCAUGCCAAGCGAAUCUCUUCUGAAUUAGCUGAAGAUGGUAGUAGACAUAUACUAUUACUUGAAACAGUGAGGAAAGAGUUUAAGUGGAUGAGGGCACUGUGGCGAAAUAUGUCAGAUCAGAUCUAUGGUACUGAUGAAUUGGCAAUGGCCAAAUUAAGAUUACGAUUGCCACUUUAUGAAGAUGAAUUAAAUAAUAGACAAAAUAAGAAAACUGAUAUUUUCAUCAUAGAUGCACAUGAGGUUCCCAUGAUGCUUAUAAGAUUGCAACAAGAGGGCAGUGAAGCUGAAGCUGCUUUGAAACGCACUAGUGGUACUUUAUUUUACCUACAGAAUUUACAGAAAUCAGGUGGAACAGAAUUGGAUCCAUGUCCAGUUUGUAAAGAAUCUCUGAAAGAGAAGUGGUCUGUUUUGAACUGUGGUCACUGCUACUGCUUUGAAUGCAUUCCAACUUUACUAAAAAUGGGAGGAAACGAAAUUGAUUGUCCUUUAUGUCGUAUUAAAACACCUAAGGAGAAUGUUUCUUAUGUUGUGGCUAGACCAGUAAACAAUGAUGAAUCACCUGUAGAAGUGAAAGGUUCACAUUCAUCAAAAGUUACUGCUGUUGUAUCUGAGCUGUUAUCACUUAUAAAGCAAGACAGCGCAGUGAAAGUUUUAAUUUUUUCCACUUGGGAAAAAGUGUUAGACGUUAUCCGAGAUGCAUUGAUACAAAAUGACAUAUCUUUUCGACGCCUUGGUACAGGAGAAAAAUUUCAAAACUCUCUAGCCCAGUUUAAGGCAGGUUCAAUAACUGUUCUUCUUUUACCAUUAAAACUUGGGUCCAAAGGUUUGAAUUUGACAGAAGCUACCCAUCUUUUUUUUGUUGAACCUGUACUGAAUCCUGCCGAGGAACUACAAGCUGUUGGAAGAAUACAUAGAAUUGGGCAAACUAAGCCAACAUUUGUACAUCGAUUUGUUGUCCACAAUACCAUUGAAGAAAGGAUGUUAAGUUCAUUAGAAACUGGCGGUCAAGAAGAAUGGGCUAAAGAAAAUAUUACAUUAAGAAAGUUAAAUGAUCUUUUCAUUUUACGAGAAGAUAAUUCAAGUACUGGAGAGGAAGAAUGUGUGAUAGAAAAUGAAAAUAAUUAAUAAGUGUUUUUAUUUUUAUUGGAUUUAUUUUUUAUAUUUUUUUUAGUAACACUUAUGUGUUCUUCAAAUUAGUUACGAUGUUACUAUAAAAAAAAAAAAUAAAAUUACUAUGACUCAGUAAUGACAAGUGUUCCAAGUUGAUGUUUUAUGAGAGCAUUUAUUUAUAAGUAUUAAAAAUAAAUUAUAAAAUGCUCUUCUGCUUGUGUCAAAUGAAUAAAUGGUAAGUUACAAAUGAACUAGCUAAACUUACAAGGAAAACAUGAUAUUUGCAGUUAUCUUAACGUUUUAUAAGGUUUUCAUUUGGAAUAGGGAGUGGUAGUAUUAAUACGUUGUCUUCUUUACUGAUGUUUACUACUUAAUUUUUUUAUGUAUUGAAAAUUUGUAUUCAAUGGUUAGCUUGGUGUUUAGAAUAUUUUUUUUAGCAACCAAGUCUUUAAUUAAUUGCAUUAAUGAGAUUUUUUAGUUUUAGCAUUUGUUAUUUUCUUGAACAAUUUUUUCUUUAAUUAUGAAAGAAUGAGUCCAGGAAACAUUAGUUAUAAUUUUUGUAUUGGUAUUACAAUUUCCAUAGUCAUUAAAUAUUACUAUUUAAGAAUCUUGACAAUUUUUUUAAGUAAGAUUUUCCAACGCACAUAUCAUUUCAAAAGUAUUGAAGUAAAAACUUACCCGAUUGUUGUAAAAACAACGGGAAAAAAAUAGCAGCUAAUAGAUUCUUCAUUUUAGUUUGUUGUACAAAUGUGCAUUUAUUGUAUACAUCACUUAUAACCAAAUUUUACAAAUGUAAGAAGUACGAGAUCUGUAUAUUCUUUGAAAUUUAAUGUAAUAGGGUGAAUAAUGUAAAAAUUAUGUUCUCUGCUCUGUAAGAUAAUUUUUCAAUUGUGAAAAUGGUUGCCGUCAUAAUUAGAAAUCAGAGUUGCGUGCACAGUGGUGAGCUAAAAAUCAAUUUUAGAGCUGGAUAAGAACUCAAAUUUUGAAUGAAAAAUUGUCCUAUCUAUUCUAGUUACUGACAUUGAACCGGAUACAUCAGUCUUAAUAGUUUACUCUAAGUUUUUAAUGAGACAAAUCAAAAUAAAAAUAAAGAUCCUUAGAAUCUACUCUCUCAUAUGUUUAUUUAUCUGUGGAUACACGUGUUCUUCUAAAAUAGAAACUAUUGAAGUUAUGUAAUUUAAAAAAAUAUAUAUUUUGAUUCACUGUAUUAAAGUAAAAAACUUAAUUGAUUUUAAAAGAAGUGCAGAAAUUGUUGUACAUGAUUUUAUGUUUUUUUAAUGUAUUUCUAUUGUACAACCUAUUGCCUAAUUUUAGAUUAAAAAUUAUUAUGAAUACAAACUUUUUUGUAUAGUAACACUAAUUUUUUUGCAGAAAGAUCUAGUCAGAUGAAAUACUCGGAUUUGUUUGUGAAAUAGGUUGCUUUAAAAAAACAAUAGCACAAGGUUUGAUAUAUUCGAAAAUAAAUUCUGUAAAACAUUUUUUAAUUUUAUAUAGUCCUUUAGUUUUACAAUUAUGGUUUAGUUUUUUUUGGCAUUUAAAAGAAUGAAAAAGAGUUUAGUUUUUUAGUGAAAGUAUGUUGGGGAUUAUCUUGGUCCUUUUAUGGCGGUGGACUCAUAUAUGAGUCGAGAGCAUGACUGAAAAUUGUGAGCAUUUUUGAAUGAUGCCUGAAAUAAAAACUGUAAGUUGUCAGCAGAGGUGAUAAAAAGUAAUCCAUCCUGAAGGAUUCUCCACUUAUCGUCACUAAGGGGUUAAUCCUGACUAGCAAUUUUUUUUCCUUAAAGAUUUGAUUUAUUAUAACUUUUAUUACUAUUAAAAAGAAAGGAGAUGGUCCGGGUUGCGGUCAUAAAUAGGCUAAAUAGUUUUACCACUAUUUAGCAUAUUUAUGACCGCAACCCCGGACCAUCUCCUUCCUUUAUAAUGCAACGGUCAACUAUUAAAUAUUCAAUUUUAUUACUAUUGCAUUAUUUUUUGUUUAUCAUCAUCAAUAAUGAACUUCUGUAAUCCACCGAGAAAAAAAAUAUAUACUUCGCUCCUCGCUUGACUGAAAAAUUUGAGUCAAGAUACAUAAAAAUCAAAAUUCAAAUAAAAAAUAUCCACCCUUAAAUUUUCUCUGACUACUGUUUGAAAUUGUUUCUGUGAUAAACAUUAUAUUUUGUGAUUUAGUUUAUUAUUGAUUUUUUGUAAAAAUGUUGGUAGUUGGCAAUUUUUUUUCAAAGACAAUAAUUUUAAUUAGUGAUUUUGGUAGACAUCAUAUGAUAUUGUUUUUUAUUUAUUUAAAUAUAGUCGUUUAGUUACUCAUGAGGUUUUUAUUCAUUACAAACUUUUUCUUUAUUUUUACAUGUACUUUAUUACUUCAUUUAAGAUUAAAACUGAAAAAAAAAAAUUUGAGUUUUUUUAUGUGAAUUUAUUAUGAUUUGGCCCUGAUGUGUGUAUUGCUGAAAAUGAUUAUAUCUAUUUUAGUUCAUUAAAACUACAUGCCACAUCCAUAAUAAAAGGUGCACAGCUCAAAAGCUUUUAGUUCUAACUAAUUGUUUGCACACUAGAGACAAAAUAAAAGCUCGUUAAGUUUUUCAUGUUUUAUAACAAGUUUCUACUUGUUUCAAUAGCUUUUGAGAGUUGCUUACGGAGAUGUCAACUGACAACUAAAAGAAGUUUGACAAUUUUGAAUUGUACUUCUUUAAUUCUUGGUAUGGGAUAAGAUUGUUAUAAAAUAAUCUUUUCUUAUCAGUUUUAAUAUAUAUUUUUUAGUUCUUUCUAUCUCUUAGUUUAGUAUCAUGUCCAUUACAUUACACAUCAAAUUUUGGCUAAUAAUUCACUAAUAAAAUCAAAACUAUCUUCUACCAUUAUUAUGUAGUGGAAACAGAUUUCCGCUCUUGUCACAUGGAACAUCAAGUUCGCCUUCCUAUUACCAGGCAGCGCUCUACAACCUCGCCCGUGCAACAUACUAAAAUUGUAGUUUUUGUUUCUUAUUGUUGUAUUAUAAAAUAAUUAAAUUGCAAAUUGAAAUAUGCAUAUGCAUUGUAAAUACUUUUUAUUAAUAAAGUUUAAUGGCGAUAACAUAUACUACCAAAGCUCAAAAUAACUGUUAUAGUAACGGCUCUUGGUAGCGGGUUUGGUCUUGGCGGAAUGAAUACCCCAGUCAAACCUCAAGUUGUCAGUUCUAUGAAGUUCCACCCCUUCAGGGUGUAGAGACCUAUAUGCAGUUGGUCAGUAUAUGUAUGUUAUACGCUGUUGGUUUACAUCAGUCUGCUUUUCUUAUUUAACAUCAACCUUUUACCUUUAUCCUCUUCUCUUGCACCAUGUAAGUUGGACUCUGAUUCCUCUGCUUGCAGUCCUAUAUACUGAGUCUGGCGAUUGAUCCCUUUUCAUCAGUAUUUCAUCCACCCACAGGUCCAGAGUGAUUGGGUGCUGAUACACCUGUCACUUGAGGCCAUCCAUCUAAUCACCUUCCUUCUCCCAUUCAGUCAUCUUACCCCUCAAUAUUGAACACACACUUUCUGAUAACUUGCAUAUAUUACCUCUCUGCUUACAUAUACCUCAACAAUUAGGUUAACUUUUACUUUUAUACCUUCUGUUAUUAUUAUUUAAUUUUUAC